AUGGACCGUGACAACGUGAUUGAGACCCACCAGUACCUAAGUACGUUGAAGGGCAGUGAAAACACAUCGCAGUUUAAAAUGUUCCAAGAGUUUGUGCACGAACAGACCGGCAAGGAUUUCGUGUCUGGCUUGAAUACGAAGCAGCUUACGCAUUUUGGUCGUCCAGAUUGGGACAAGGUCUUUUCCAAUGCGAAAGCCAACCACCCUGGCGAAGAAGUCGGAGUUUUCUACUGUGGCCCUCACGCGCUGGAAGAGAUUCUAGACAAAAUGUCCCGAAGGUAUUCGUCAUCAGGUCCCGACGGCACUGGCUUUGACUUCGAAAUUCUCAUAAAUUGUACGACCAUUUAUCAUGAGUACACGUUAUGUUCGUGCAGAUUCUAG